AUGGCAUCAUUCAGUCCCCUUGCAAACAUCUUAACCCAAAAUAAACUUGAGGGUCCAAACUAUGUUGACUGGAAGAGGAAUUUGGACAUUUUGCUUACUGCUGAGGAGUAUCAGUUUGUGCUUACUGAAGUUUGUCCUGAAAAACUCGGUGAAAAACCCGGUGAGGGUGCCUCUGAGGAGGUCACCAGAGCUUACCAGAAAUGGGUUAAAGCUGAUGAGAUGGCGCGAUGUUACAUUUUGGCUUCUGUGCCAAAUGUUUUGCAACAUCAGCAUCAGACGAUGGACACAGCUUUUGACAUGCUCGAAAAUCUCAAGGAGAUGUUUGGAGAUCAAACUAGUGCAGCAAGGCAAAACGCACUGAGGGAGAUUCUUACUUCCAAAAUGGAGGAGGGGACCCCAGUUAGAACUCAUGUCUUGAAGAUGAUGAGUCUUCUGAAUAACAUGGAGGUUCUUGGUGCUGAGGUUGACAAUGCUACACAGAUAGAAAUGAUCUUGAACACUUUGCCAGCCAGUUUUCAGCAGUUUCGAGGCGCUUGCACUGUUUUGUGGCUUAAUGUUGAUGAGCGAGGUUCUUCUUCUGCCCAGAACAAGGGUAAGAAGAAGAAAAAUGCUCACAAGGCUAAGCCUAAAACAAGUGCUGCAUCUACUAGUGUAAGUGUUGCUGUGAAAAAGCCUAAGGAUUCUGGAGCCACUAAUCAUGUCUGCAAUUCAUUACAGGGGUUUCAGGUAACUCGUCAGCUAAAUAAAGGAGAUGUAAGCAUUUUUCUGGGAGAUGGCACAAAAGUUGCAGUUCUAGCUAUAGGAAAUGUUUCUUUGAAUUUUGAGAAUAAUAGAACUUUGUUUUUGAAGGAUGUUUUAUAUGUACCUUCAAUUAGAAGGAAUUUAAUUUCAGUUUCUAGUUUGAGCAAGAAUGGAUAUUCGAUGAUUUCUCAAAAUAUGGAUACAUUUACCUGUUGCGCCGUAAGUCUAAAUGCUUUUGAGAAAUUCAAAGAGUUCAAGGCAGAAAUGGAGAAACGACAUGGAAAAUAUAUCAAGUCGUUACGGUCUGACCGUGGUGGCGAAUACCUCUCUAGAGAAUUCAUUACUUAUUUAUCAGAAUAA